AUGAGCAUCGUAGCUCUCUCCCCCGCGGCCCCUGAACCCCCCUCCCCGAUGGUCACCUCCGUCACCCCGACCCUGGACCCUGACACCUCCACCUCUCCUACAGCUGCUGCUGCAGAUGAUGAUGUCACCACCGCCCUCUUCAGCCCCGACCUGGAGCACCAGACCCACGACGGGGCCUCGUCGCCUGGACCGGGCCCCAGCCGAGGCAUGGGGCGAGACCCCUCCAGGAGGUCAAAGAAACCUCCGCCCCUCCACACUGGAGCCGACUGGAAGGUGGUCCUCCACCUCCCGGAGAUCGAGAAGUGGCUGAGAGCGACCAGCGACAGAGUCACACAACUCUCACACUCUGUGGGACAGGACGGAGACAACAGACACGUGGACGUCCACCUGGUGCAGCUCAAGGACAUCUGUGAGGACAUCUCGGACCAUGUGGAGCAGAUUCACGCCCUGCUGGAGACCGAGUUCUCUCUGAAGCUUCUGUCCUACUCCGUCAACAUCAUCGUCGACAUCAGGACGGUGCAGCUGCUGUGGCACCAGCUCAGAGUCUCAGUUCUGGUCCUGAAGGAGCGUCUGCUGCAGGGCCUGCAGGACUCCAACGGGAACUUCACCCGGCAGACCGACAUCCUGCAGGCCUUCAGCCAGGACCAGCAGCAGACCCGUCUGGACGCUCUGACCGAGGUGGACGACUGCGGUCAGCUGACCAUCCGCUGCAGUCAGGACUACUUCUCUUUAGACUGCGGCAUCACCGCCUUCGAGCUGAGCGACUACAGCCCGGGAGACGAGCCCGACGCCCCCAAAGCCGAAGACCCCUCUCAGGAUCAAACCAAACACAACGAUCCUGAAGCGGGGCCGCAGGAGAGUGAGGGAUCCUCAAACCAGGAAAACAAAAACACUUUACCUGAUCUCACCCUGCCCGCUGACUCAAACAACCGCAACCUUGCUCCAGAAAUAUUACCCACAAUGCAAUGCAGCAUGCCCAAUCCCAGUGAGAGUGCAAAGCGCCCCCUGCAGGGUGGGAGCCGCAGCACUGAGGUGUCGCCCACACAGCCGUCUCUUCCAAAGAGGGCCGCUCUCUUCUCGGCCGGAGGACGCAUGGAAGAGGACCAGAGGAGUCCGGGCUCAGGGCUGCAGGUCCAGGCCGAGCUGAGUCGGAGCUCCCCCUCUCUCAUGGACCCUCCGGACAGGUCCAAGUUCUGGUUGGAGCUGGACUCGGUCUACCCGGAAAAUGUUUCACAGUCCUACGAGAGUCUGCAGGUCAUGGGCGGACGUCACCUCCACAGAAAGCACGCCGGCUCCAAACAGGGAGGAUGCCCACAGGGGAGAGCGCACAGACCGCUGACCGACCUGAGGAGCUCAUCCCGGGCCAGGCCGACCUCCAUCGCCCCCCCGCCUCUCCAAGAGCCGGCGUCUGGGGAUGAAAUAUCAACACAAAUGGAGAGGACGCAGAAGGAGACACACGCGCACAGUGAGGGGGACUCUGACUCCUCGUUACCCUCCCCCAUGAGGGAGCACUUCCUCUCCUCAGACAUGGAGGCGUCCGGAGAGGAGUCGGACCCCCGGCCGUGUCCCCGCAAGACGGCGGUCUGGAUCGUGAAGCGCCAGGGGCAGAAGGCGGCCCAGGUGUCAUCUAAAGACAGCCCAGACAGAGAGCACUGGUACGGGUCAGAAGAGUUCCUGGCGCUCCCCGCUCAGCUCAGGAAAACGGAGAUGCUCGCUAUGAAACUGGAAAGUCUGACUCAGUCCAUCCCGCUGAGGCCUGUUAGCUGUGACUCUACCCAGGAGGCUUUGCAGGAUGUGGAUGACUGGGAUCUGACGGAGCUCAACCAAGACUGGGAUGUAGGGGAGAGCGAGGACAACAGGAACAGCGGAGGGGAGAGCGGGGACAGCAUUCCCCUUCAUCUUCCACCUCUGCUUCCGUACAGACGUAACCUGGUCAGCCGCUUUAGCCCCACCUCCUCCAGCGAUAUCGCGCCCUCAUUGGAUGAAAGCAUCGAGUCCGGUCUGUUAAGUGACCUGCAAUCUGAAGAGGAGGAGGGACGAAGGUCUGCAGACGGCUGCCCGCAGCUGACAGCGCCCCCGGUGGACGUGCGUGAAGGAGUGUCCCUGGUGCACCAGCUGCUGGUGGACAUUCAGCGCCAAGACAGAGACCCUGAUGUCUGGAGGAAGAUUGAGUGCUUCGUGCAGCAGUUGGACGGGUUCAUCUCGUGGCUGCAGGAAGCGUUGGACAGCACUGAGAACUGGACACAGCCCAGACAGGAGCUGGACAGCCUGAGGGUGUACCUGGACACACACCUGAGUUUCAAGCUGAACGUGGACAGUCACAGUGCUCUGAAGGAGAGUAUCAUGGAGGAAGGCAGAGCGCUGCUCGCUGUCAUCACCUCCCACCAAUCAGGUCUGAAGGAAAUCCUCCAUAUGGUGUCCAGCCAAUGGGAUCAGCUCCAGCGGCAGAUACGGCGCCAACAUGGCUGGAUGCUCCGCGCCCUCCGCUGCAUCCAGGCCCGCCUCCUUUACACCAGCCAUUCCUACGAGCCCUUCCACGCCUUUGGAGACCCGUCGGCCAAUCGGCAGGCUCCGUGCCCAGCUGACGCCCUCCAGGCUGAGCUGAUGUCCAGUCAGUGUGAAACCCAGCGCGCUGCCCUGGAGCAGAUGGCCAUCAAACUGAGCAACUUGCAGUACCCCUCACCGGCCAGCAGGAGGAACUACAGCCAGCUGGCCAGGAACAACAGUCUGCAGGAGUUUGAGGCCGAGUACCAGGAGCUCUGGGAUUGGCUGAUGGACAUGGACGCCAUGGUAAUGGACAGUCACCAGCUGAUGAUGUCAGAGGAGCAGAGGCAUCACCUCUUCAAGAGCAGCCACACUGAGCUGACCAUGAUGGAGGGAAAGAAGACCAGCCUGCUGGGCCGAGCCGAGUCCCUGAAGAGGAGCGGGACCGAGCUACCGGGAGACUUCCAUCGCAAGAUACACAACCUGACACACACGUGGAGACAGCUGGAGAAAAUCCUCUCAGAGCACUCAAGACCGGGUCCUUCUGAGCGCUCCCAGUCAACCAACGUGAACUCUCUGCUGGUCGGCGGUCGAGGCGCGGCCGUGGAAAACCCUCGCUCGGCCCUCUCCCCGCUGACCAACUCGCUCCUGGAGCAGCUGGAGGCUCGCAUCAAGGAGCUGAAGGCGUGGCUGCGAGACACCGAGCUGCUCAUCUUCAACUCCUGCCUCAGACAGGACAAGGAGGCCGCCGAGCAGCUCCAGAGCUUCAAGUCUCUGUGCUCGGAGGUGCAAACCCGGCGUCGAGGAGUCUCCUCUGUUCUGAAACUCUGUCAGAAGCUGCUGCAGCAGAGCCAGUCGGGCCCCAUGGCGGAGGUGGGCCCAGAGGCGGAGCAGCACCGGGAGGCCCUGCAGCUGCUGUCGAUCAACCUGGAGAGGAGGUGGGAGGCGAUCGUGAUGCAGGCGCUGCAGUGGCAGAACAGACUGAAGAGGGAGCUGGGAGAGCAGCAGGUUCAUGGGAACUUUCUGGAACCGGGUCUCGUCGAUCUCCGUCAGAUCAGCCCAGGUCCAGUGGGUCCAGUGGCGCCUGCGCCGGAGGACUCCUGGGAAUGGGACGACACCGAUAUGACAAUCACAGAAUCAGAGGCACACGGAGAGGAAGAACCCGACCUGACGCAGAACCUCCCCACAGAAGAACAUCUGCCUUCAAACAGCAGGAUGUCCAACAGGGUUCAGCCGGACAGGGACCAGUAUCCUGAGACGACGUCCAGUACAAGAGGUGGAUUUUCAGUAGAGGUCCAGCCCAAUGUGACGUCACAAACUCUUCCUCCUAACAAUAAUAACAUCUACCAAGUGUACAGCCUCCAUAAUGUGGAAUUAUACACACAGCCGCUGUUUCCGCACAGUUCCUCUUCACUCUACAAAACCAAAUCAGGGAAACGGAAACAGCAUCUCCUGCUGAAGAGUCUGAGUAAGGACUCCUCUUUCUCCUCCAUCGAGUCCCUCCCAGACCUCCUGGGAGGUUUGAUGUCAGAUACUCAAGGAGGGGACAGAAUCAGAUACCGGGACGGGGAGAAUGAGCGAGAGGGGGGCAGAGGAAGUGGUCAGUCAGUGAGCAGUCGAAGGUCAGAGAGCGAGAGCGGGAUUGUUAGUGACACAGGAGACAUUGAGACAACAUCAACUAACUCUGAAAUCCAGGGCGAGGAGGAGGAUCAGGAAGAGGAGGAAAAGGAGCAGAGAAAGAAAAAGACUGUUGGUGAGAAUGAUUUGGGUUUGCACAAACACAGUGUUCCCGGGUACAGCCAGAGAACUAAGACGAGGUAUUACAUGAAGGAGAAUGAAUGGAAGAAGGAUGAAUUGAAAGGUGAAAGCAGGAGAAACAGAGAUGAGGAGAAAAGGAGGAGGCCCAUGAGGGGCGGAGGGGAGGCAGUAGAGAUCCUAAUCAAUGGGCGUGUAAUCCUGACUCCCGCUGACUCUGACUCUGAUUUUGAAGUAGGAGGACUGGAAGUAGACCCCUCAAAGACCUCUAUGUCUCACAGUCAAAUCACAGAAUUCAACUUUGACAAGUUUAACCGUUUGGACUCUCCUCCUGCUCUUAGCCAGCGGGCUUCCAGUCCAGUAUUGUCUCAGGGAUCCUCUCUUGAGUCCCUUCUAGCGCUGGGCGUUGAGUUAUUUCCCUCUAAAGAUCCAUUACAUCGCAGCGCAUCUCUGGAGAGCUGCCUGGCCGUGUGUCGUAGCAAUGAAGGGGAGUCUGGAGGUAGCCUGGCAAGCCUCGCGGAGCUGGACCUGUUACAGAGCAGAGACGUGGAUCAAGGUGAACCAGAAAGGGAGAGAAACAAUGAAAGUCCACGAGGAGAAACUUCCUCUGGAGAGCUGAGCCGGAGAACUCUGGACCUCCUGAAACGCCUGGAGAACAUUCAGAGUCCACUUGCCACCAAGAUGACACGCAGUGUUUCUGACAUGACGCUCCGAUGCAGCUCCCCACAGCGGAGCAGACUCCCCGCCUCGCCGUCUCUCGGUGGUCAGCACGCCCCCCUUUCUGGAAUAUCCGGUUGCUCGCAGAAAGGACCACCAUCCCUGAUCAACGAGAGUUCAGCAACGGCAUCUCUGACAGAGCUGAGUAGCACCGAGGACUCGUCUGUGGGCUCUGAAGAUUUUGCUUUACUUGGAAAUCAACGCAACCCCUUCCUAGCUCCCGCCGCGAUGGCCAAUGCAAACUCAAAGUCUCCCCGGAAACACGGCCAAGGAAACAGCCAUGGGGGGCAGGGGAUGGAUGAAGCAGAUGCAGCGAGUUUGAGCCUGGUGGUGAACGUGUCUUGCACCUCAGCAUGCACAGACGAAGACGAGGACGACUGUGACCUCCUGUCCUCAUCCACACUGACGCUCACUGAGGAGGAACUGGGUGUCAGGGACGGAGAGGACGAAGAGGAGGACAGGUUGAGCUGUGCCUCCUCUGGGGACGAGGACGUGGAUGAUGAAGAGGAGAUGGAGGGGUCUUACAUUCUGGGGCUCGAGUAUAUGAAGAGAGAGCUUCAGAGUUGGAUGAGAUCUCCUAAAAACUCCCCUUCCUCCUUCUCUAAGACGGAGGCAGGCCUGUGGGAUGAGCUGCAGUGUGGAACUAACCCAUCUUCCUCCUUCACGUCCACCUCUCAGAACAACGAGCCGCACAGUUUUCAAAGUCGCUCGGUCUCAAAGUCAGUAGAAAACAACAGCGGCUCAAGCGGCAACAAAAAAGCAAACAGAGUGAAGGUAGAAAAGGAAGAAGAAGAAAAUCGGAGAAACGCAACAAGAAGCUACAUCAGCCAGUUUGUGGACGACGUGGAGAACGGAAAUGUGGACCAGAGCUGUUUGAAAGGGAAAGACGAGGACGAUGAGCUCCUCCGAGAAGAGUCGAGCGUGUUCACAAAGAAAGGAGAGUUUCUGAGAGAGUCGUACCUGUCCGCUAAAACGGGAGAGUCAGUCCAGGAUGUCAAUGAGUUGAUCGCAAACAUCGACUCAAAUUUAACACAGCAGCUUCCUUCGUCGCCAUCCAUCGAGCUCCUCCCCUUCCAAUCCAAACGGACUUCCUGUUUAGUGGGACAGCUGAGAGGGGAGCUGCCCUGCCACAGCUCCUCUGUCCCCUCGCCCCCCUCCCUCUCCCCCCUGGAGGACUGCAGACCCCACGAUGACUUGCACUGCAGCAGGCAGGCGGCUGCUGGACGGAAGGCCAUCACCAUCCAGGAAAAAUUCAAGUUCUCGUCUUUAGUUACAGAGCAGACGAGGCAGGGGGUCAGAGACAAAAAAUCGUCCCUGCCUCCUAAAAAACGACACAGCGCUCACUCCUCCUGCUGCAACCAACCCCCCUCCCCCUCCAACAUCAGACAGCGCAGUGCAGAGGAGGGCAAGACGGAGAACGUGCAUGACUUUGUGCGGGACAUAAUCGACAUGACCUCACUGGCGCUGAAGAGCAAAGGGAAUCAGAAUGAAGACCAGAACCAUGACCAAACCAGCAGGUCCAUCCCAGACCAUGCUCCUGCAUCACUAGCACAGAUCAGAGACAAGGUCAUCGAGCACUCCCACCGGCCCCUCCACCUGCGGAAAGGAGACUUCUACUCCUACCUGUCUCUCUCCUCCCAUGACAGCGACUGUGGCGAGGUCAGUCAGUGCUCCGAGGACAAAAGCUCCUCGCCACUGCCUUACAGCAUCCCCACUUACAUCAGCCCGACUCAAGGCCUCCACAGCCCGAGCCCCGAGCUGUUUACGAGCACCAACCAGCACGUAACAGCCCCGUCCUCCAAACACUCCCUCCUCUCCAACAACAACUUCUGUGCGCUUGAUUUGAAGUCUUCCGAGUGCCAAACUAACACGGCUGCUAACGGUAGCCACACUCAAGAGUCCACUAGCCCCAAUCCGUCCCUGCCCACCAGCCCUGACAUCCGGGAUGAGGAGAUGCUGUUUGCAGCGUGUACGGAGGAGGUUUACCUGGGUCCUCCUCUCUGCUACAGCAUGGUGCUCACCAAGCAACCACGACAGACCCCUGGCUAUGAACUCAACAGCCUAGCUUACUUGCCUUGUUCACAAUCAAAUGAUAGACUUCAAAAUGAAUCUCAAGAGGACACUAGUAUCAGACCAGGUGAUAGUCUGAGCUAUCUGUCUCCCUCAAAGGAGUCUGUGAUGGAUAGAAACCAGGAUCACCUGUAUUUCCAGGCAUCCAGCCGCACAGAGAAAGAACAGAGCUCCGUCUCGCCUAUCUUUGAGCCUUCUUUCAGCUCAUCCUCCUCCUCCCCGCCCUCAAACGGCGUCCGCGCCUCCCUCCAGAGGCCUGGCUGCAAACCAGAAGAUGACGUCCCUCCCGCUCCUCCUCUCCAGUCCUCUGGCGCUCAGGAAGAGAAGCGAGGUGAGGACCCGUACCUCCUCUGUGAUGUCGCUGGAGGAGAAGUCGCGGCCGCUGUGAGUGUCAGCGCGCCGCAGGAGGAGAGGAGUCGUAAUGAGGGGCCUCCUUAUCUUAAUCCCCGGGCGCGUGUCGCCCCGAUAGACUCCUCCGCAGCUGAAUGUUUGGCAGAUACUAAAACGCUUGAAUCCAAUAUGGGCGCCGUAAUGACCAAGAUAAGUGUCUGCAGCUCUGCUACAAAUCCCUCAAAAGAGUCAGCCGCCACCGCCACGCGUAUUAAUCCCAAAAUUAACUGCUCGGCGAUGAGAGAGGCAGAUAGGGAGGAGGGGGAGAGGAGAGGAGAGGGGGAUGCUCAGAGGGUGAAGCAGGAGGAGAAAGGGAGGAGACGACGGAGCGGCUCGCAGCAGGAAGCAAAGACAGCGGUGCCGAAGCAGGUGAGCUCUCAGUCAGCCGUCCACAACACCACCAGGACAUCAGCGGGGCGGAGCCAAGCCUCAGCGAGACCGCCCACCACAAGGGCAGGGACUGUCAGAAGACUACCUGUGCUGGGAGCAGGAACCUCCAGGAUCCAUCUGUAAGGGAGCUGUGUCCUUCUCCUCCCCGCUGAGCUGAUCUCUUACCUCAGCUUCAUUUUUCAACGUACCUCUCUCCUCCCCAUCUCUGCUCCUUCCAUUCCUCUGAUCUCCUAAAUCUCACUGCUGAACAGAUUGUCGAGAAACUGGACUGAAAUCUUCUCCAGCAGCUGCAGGGUUACCUCACCAACGAGUUCAGUGUUUUUGGUCGGAUCUUUUGUCUUUACGUUCAUAAUGAUUUCAGGGUUGAAGUCGAGUCUAGUGAGCUUCUGAGUCAUAAGGAUCCAGGGGUGGGAUGAGAAAAAAUUUCAGCUACUCUAUGACCCCGUGGGACUUAUGACAAAAUACAGUCUCAACUUAGUGAGGAAGAAGAUUUAUGAGGAAAAAAGAAGCAAAUGUAGGAACGUCACAUCCAACAAUGGGAUUUUGAAUUAACUAAAAAGUUUCAGGCUAGAUGUAGGGGUUAAUACCCAGGGGGAGUUUAAGCUUAAAAUCUUGAUUUUCUUCAAUUAAAUGAAUGAAUCAAUGUGGAAGGAAUGAAUCAGACAGGUACAAAAUAUUGAGGUGAAAAGAAUGUGUUUUCCAUCUGCAAAAGGCAAGGCAACCCUAAACUAUGUUUUUCAUUCAUACAUUUUCUUUGUAUGAUUUUUAAAGCAUGUAUCGCCGUGUCAUGGUUUGGUUUUAAGGCACGGAAGUUCUUCAAAACCACAUGAACUUUUUGGUGCCGAUGUCGUCAGCCAAACUCAUCCAACAGCGGUGUUAAACUGACCGGAGAUGAGCUGGAUUUAAAAAUAUAAGUAUGCUACUGUGGUGUAGCACAUGUAGCACAAUACGUCCACUUGGUCCGUGUCUGUUGAUGAUGUCAGUAGAUGAGUAGUAGCUCUUCAUUCGUUAGCAUCAACACCAAACUGCAGCCGGUAACUUCACAAAGUUGUGUAAGUCGGAAGGUUAUGACAUUGGACUCACACGACCACAGAGCCCGUAUGGUGUUGUGCUUUUCCUAAAUUAAUGAUUAUUAUAGGGAAGGAAAGUGGGAUGUUUUUUUGACUUUGUAUAUUUAAUACCCCCUUAUUGCGUUCGAAUAAUCAGUUUUGGGGGAUUUGGUUGCGAUCAAAAGUCUUUAAAGGACGUAAAGCCAACACCUUUUAUCAAACUGUAUUAUUGAUGUGUUCUCAUGACCGAACAAAACAAAGAGGAUCAGAAGGCGGGAAAUCAUGACCAACUUUUAUACACUGGUUGGCUUCGAUUCUUUCAAUAUCUCACUCACUUCCAGUUCCACUCUAGAAACCUCCACUCUCAACAAAGAACGUUUCCUGCAGCUGAUCUGGUUUUGUAGUGAAUAAGGUUCACCUGAUGGGGAUGUGUAUUAAAGCUCACCAGGAGUAAAGAUUUAUCGAAAGUGUUCUUCUUAGAGAGGAAGGAACCAACACAUUGUUCAUGUUCUGAUUGUCAGAUGUUUAAUGGAUCACUUUGAUGCGUUCUGUCAAAUUUGGAUUAUAAUGUUGAACCCCCUCGCAGUCCUUCAUUGGGGUCGUACCACAAGCUGUUCCCCAUAUUUCUAAAGCCUUCAAAGUUGGGUCAACGGCUCCAAAAGAUCUACCAAAAAGUGAGAAAGAGGUGCAGCCUGGUUCAGACUCAAUAAAGUAAACUGAGAUCUUUUUUUUCCCGCUUUUUUAAGUGACAGAAAUUCUUCAGUCUAAUUGAGGCGUUUGGUUUUAUUUUGACCAUUUUUGGUGGUAAGCGCACAAGUUUCCAACUCCUGUGGUCAAGGACUGUCUGAAUGUCCAGUCUUGUGUAGAGGCAGGAAGUGGUCAUAACCUAUGGACUAUCUAAUUAAGGGACGGGCAGGUUCAAGUUGUUCCCCACCUCUGCUGGCCCAUUUCAGAUAUCGUGCCCUGAAGUCAGAUCAACGAUUUUGCCCCAAUCUAAAGACUAUUAAAAAUGUAGUCAAGGACUUUCUGCUACCACUCUGGAUUGGUCAAGCUGGCAUCGUGGGUGUUUACCAAUUUGGUGGCAAAGUGACUUCUCGAAUGUACCCUUUUGAUAAAGAGAGGAAAUAGUGAUUAGGCUCGUUGAAGACCAUCUCAAAUGGGGGAAAAGGCAGUGGUCAAGCACUCUUAGUAAGAACUGUUGAGAACUAUUCCUUUGUCAAGUGCAACUUCUGGUGGUACACUCCAAGUUUCCAAUCUUCCAGGUUGAAGAAGACUAAUUUAAUGAACCCUUAGUUUUAUCUCAAGGAGAAGACGAGGUAAAGAUGCAAUCAUUGAAGCCAUUGUGGACCCGACGUUGUUCUGGGCAGAGAAGGGUCAAGCACUCUUUGUCUGUCCAGUUUGGAUUGAACACUGUGAUGGAACAAAUCUACAUUUUCAAACUUUAAGACCCUGAGUUUAACAAUUACUACAUGGGUAUUACAUUAUGUCAGAGGGAAGAAGUAGUGAUUCUAAGUUAUAACUGGAGGCAGACAGCGAUGGUUAUGCCGUCAGGAAUCCUCUGUUGACCACCUCAUGGGCAGGGGAAUACAGUCAAGCACUCUAACCCAGAACUUCCACCAGAUACAUGUGCAUUGUGUCCGCUCCGGUCCGUCACGGCUCCAUGCACCCUCCGUCAACACCCACGGGCUGCGUUCUCAGUAAGCAGCUGGAGACAAGACAAAGAAGUUCCCGCUGUAAUUUAACAGAUUCACUCACGACAGCGCAAGAUAAUACGAUGUAUGUGGUAUAAAACCAUUUAAAACAAACACACAUAAGGUCAUUGUUCUAAAGCGUCAGAACGGAGUGUUUCAUUCUGAAAGUAAACCGGAUGUUUUAAUGUUAUUUCUGUGUCUGACUUCCCAUCCCGCUCAAUCUGCUGUGUGGUAAAUUGAUGCGCUGCUCUCUGGCAUCCUGCAGAAAUAGAAGCCUCGGACCGAACACGCAUCUGGUGGAAUUUAGGGGUUAGUCACCACAGUUGAUAUAUAUUCAACUUCUUGGUGGUACCCUUGACAGUUUCCAACUUGUUUGUUAAAGAGAAUUACCCAAAUUCAUCUAGAAAGCUUGACAUGGUGAUAGUGCAAGGGUUUGAAUGGCUUGUUUAUCCUUCAAGCCUAUGGCCAUUCAUACUGUGUCAUCUCCUGAAGACAGGGCACAAACAUAAUUUUGAGGCCCUGGUUGACUCCGAAACUGAUAAACUUGGAGGUUUGUUGAUCGAUUACGGGAUAUACUUGCUGCUAUGGAAGCCACUGAGCUCCAAAUUGAUUUAAAUAUUCUCAGCCAUCAGGACUAAUCUAGGUCUACCGGAUUACCUUCUGGACUAAAACCUUACCACACUAUUAAAGCAUUCCCCUCUGUGCUGUCAGCAGUAUCUGCAAAGGGUUGAAUCAGGUGUCCAAAAAUACAAGAUUCUAAAAUGACAACAUGAUAUUUUAUCUAUGCAACACAACCAAAGUUGGCAAAAGCUGAAGUGGUGUUGUUGUGUAGACCUUGAAGUUUGAUGACUGUUGACGGGGACGUGUGUUGUUAUUGAUUCUGAUGUAUGUCUGUACACCACGACUGUACCACGUAAUGUUUCUUUUUUUAUUUCCUAGACGACUCCUGACAGGAGGAUUAGCAGCAACGCUGGGUUUGGGUCUGGUGUUGAGACAGGUGUGUGGGUGUGUGUAGGACUAAAUAGGGUUUGAGAUCUCUAAAAUAUAAAUGUGUGCCUUGCUCUACUGUUACUACUUCUACCUUUUUUUGUUAAUUAAAGCCACUGCUCUCCCAGUUAGUGAUGAAAACAUGCAACAACAAAAACAACGAGACAGGAAUCAAGUGUUUCAAGCAAAGGUUGGAGGUGAGCUUGUGUAUAUAUGUGCAGAGCGAGGAAUGCUUGUUGUUUGUGUUUAUUUAACUCUAUAUGUGACCUGUGACGUGGAACAUCUUUACUAUUAGUAUUGGCCAUAAAGAGCUUGAUUGCAUGGUUCCUGCAAACUACAAUGUAAACCCAACUGUUGACAAAUAAACUUAAUUUAUUGAAAACAAAA